GUCUGAUUCGUUGCUCUGGGAGGGAGUUACCGUGACCGCCAUUGUUACAGCUCUUUCGUGUCGCAGUACGUGAUCCGUGAAUACCGUGCCGUCACGUUACCGAUUCGAACGGAUUUCGUGUUUCCGACGUAGAUCUUCUCAACGGCGGUACACAUUAUCGGUGAACGUGUUCUGAGCUUGAGCAUGUCCACAAUGAAUCCCGAGUAUGAUUAUUUGUUUAAACUACUUUUAAUUGGAGACUCCGGCGUUGGGAAAUCAUGUCUGUUGCUUCGUUUUGCCGAUGAUACAUACACAGAAAGUUAUAUCAGUACCAUUGGAGUAGACUUCAAGAUAAGAACAAUUGACCUAGAUGGCAAGACAAUAAAAUUGCAAAUUUGGGAUACAGCUGGUCAAGAACGGUUCAGAACAAUUACAAGCUCUUAUUACAGAGGUGCGCAUGGUAUCAUUGUUGUCUAUGACUGCACAGAUCAAGAAUCAUUCAACAAUGUUAAACAGUGGUUGGAAGAAAUUGACCGUUAUGCAUGUGACAAUGUUAAUAAGCUGCUGGUCGGCAAUAAAUGCGAUCUUCAUAUUAAGAAAGUAAUUGAUUACACAACAGCAAAGGAAUAUGCAGAUCAACUUGGUAUUCCAUUCUUGGAAACAUCCGCGAAAAAUGCAAUGAACGUAGAACAAGCUUUCAUGACAAUGGCUGCGGAAAUAAAACUCAGAGUGGGUCCUCCAUCCAGUGGUAACAGUGAUCCAGCAAACAAGGUGAAAAUAGAACACGGACGUCCAAUCGAGUCCACUAAAUCUGGGUGUUGCUGAGAAAUGUAAUUUUACAUCUGUUUAACCAAAAAGGACAUCUUAUGGUAGCAGUUUUGUAACUGCUUAAAGAAAGAACAUUACCAGAAGAAAUGCAAAAGAUAAUGGGGAGUUUCAGUUUAUAUUAAUAAAACAAAAGGAGGUGUGAAGCAUUAUGAAAUAUGGACCACUAACUCUGCUACAGAGUUGAAUAAAAAAUAACUUUUGUUCUGUCGUUUCAUUUUCAAUGAAAGGAGAAUAUGAUUAAUCAUUUCUCACGCUAACAAUACCUAGUGAAAAAAAAAGGAAGAAAGAAAAGAAAAUCAAUCAUAGGGGAAUUCGUCAAAUUAGCAUUGAAGGUCAUUGAUCUCACGCAAUGAUAUGUUUAACGGCGAUUCGAGUUUAUAAAAGUAAAUUAAAUAAUAUUGUGUAUCGUGGUUACAAGAUAAGCACUCUUAUUUUUUAGUAUAAUUAUAACAUGUAUUAUUGAAUGUUUUUUUGUCUCUUAGAAAAAGGGAGUCGUUUUUGCCCCUUUGUACUACCCGAACAUUUUUCCAUAUUUUAUUCCAAACGUUUUUCUCGAGGUAAACAAGAAUUAGAUUAAUAUUGUACUGAAACACGACGUCAUUGCUGCCUCCCUCUUUUUUUCAGUGCUCAUUAGUGUAAUUUAAUAACAUUAUAUUAAUAAAUAUUUGAACACUAA